AUGGGGGAUAAUGGGCUAAAAGUAUGGGAUUUGAAUAAAAAGGCUCAAGAAGAUGAGAAUGAUCCAAGAAACAAGAGACUCCUGUUGCUAGUAAUCUUGCUUCACACUGCAGCCAAAGUUACCCCUGUACUAGUUUCUGCGACGUGGUAUCUGCGUAAGAGAGCACACAGAAACAAAGGACGGAUGGAUGAUGAAAAAGAAUCGCAAUCUUUAUUCAGAACUACUAUGGCUUCUCCUGAAAAUGCAAAUGCUCCUAAUUUGCUAGUAUUUAGUCUCACUGACCUUGUAGAAGGUAUAUUACGUAAUGGACAAGAAAUAGCAGUAAAGAGAAUCUCAACGACUUCUACACAAGGAUUUGAAGAGUUCAAGAAUGAGGUCAUGCUUACUGCUAAAUUGCAGCAUGUAAAUCUUGUAAGAGUUCUGGAAUUUUGCACCGAAGAAAAAGAACAAAUGUUGAUCUAUGAAUACAUGCCAAACAAAAGCCUGGAUCAUUUUAUCUAUGAUCCAAUGAGGGGAUCACUUUUAGAUUGGGGAAAAAGAGUUCAAAUCAUUGAAGGGGUCACUCAAGGGCUCUUGUACCUCCAUGAGUACUCAAGAUUGACAAUAAUGCAUAGGGAUUUAAAAGCAAGCAACACUUUGUUAGACAACGAGAUGAAGCCCAAGAUAGCGGACUUUGGCAUGGCUUGA